AUGCAACCACUCACCGCAACGGACAUUGCUGCUGAUCUAGUCGACUCUGUUCAUCAGCUCAAGACCGAACGAGACACCUGGCAAGCCCUUGCACUGCAGUACAAGGCUGCCUUCGAGGAGCAGACGGCUCGCCUUAAAGAGCUGCAGAACAUCUGCUUUGCUACACAGGCUGAAUUGGAAAACGAGCGGGUCGAGUACCGGCGUCUGCACAUGGGCUUCGAUGGCGCACAGCAUGAUCGCCCACCCACCGUGGACAGCAGUGACGAUACCGAAAGCUCCCAUCCUUUUGGCACUGCAGUUGUGCUAUCUCCGACCCGCAUCGACAUGAGCUGGAGGCUUCGACCUUCUGAACAAUGCGGCAACCCCAUCUUUAAGCGCGUUCAGCAAUUUACAUCGCAGCGAAACUACGGUACCGCGCUGGUUGAGAUAGAGCGGUUGCUCCGCGGCCCACUCAGCCCCAAAGCACGUGCUGAGGGUCUACUGCUGAAGAGCAGUAUCCUACAAGCGACCGGUCCCGACUCCCUCUACGAAGCCCUUGCUGCCUGUAGCGAGGCUCUCGAGCUUUGCGAUCGCGUGUCAGAGCUGCAGUCUCUGUUGCCCAGAGUACAGUAUCAGCGAGGUCUAUAUUACUACCAACUGCGGAUGCUCCAACAAGCGCGGGAGGCAUUUAGAGCGGUCAGCGAGGAGAACCUGCUCUUUGAGAGAGCCAACGAGUAUCGCCAAUCUUGCGAUGACGAACUGGAGCUGCUUCACUUCGAUCGCCGCGCUGCAUUCGACGAGACCCGAUCAAUCACUGACAGUCUCCUCGGUCAAUUGAACAUCGGUUCGUCUCACGGUCGCCUGCGACGAACGAGUGCACAGCUCAAGCUUCGUGCCACUCAGAAGGCAAAGCGAAUGUCACUCCCGCAACGAUGGGUGUCCUCAAAGAGCGACAUGUCGUCGAGAACAGACGAGGUCUGA